AUGUCCUCGCUAGACGGCACUCUAAAUGCUUUGGGAACUCAACCAAUAUUUUCUUCAGCUCAGGAAGGUGAUGCUUUUUCCAAAGGAAAGCAGGUUAACGUAAAAGACGAAUCGCCAACAAUUAAAUCUAAGACUUUAGAGUCUUUCUCUCAACAAGAAAACGGAAAAGUGUCUAAUAAUACAAC